AUGUCGACCAAGUCGAGCUUUGAAUCGUACCCCAUGCCCCGAUUUCUUCUCCCCCAAGGCGUUGGGGACACGGAAGAGGUGGAGAAUUACGAGCCAGGCGGUUUCCAUCCUGUUCACUUGGGUGACACGUUUGAUGACGGGCGCUACAGAAUUGUGCACAAGCUCGGUGCUGGCGGGUUUUCUACUGUCUGGCUGGCGCGAGAUGAAAAGGAUAAGAAAUGGGUGGCCUUGAAGAUUGUUGCUGCUAGGCAUUCUGUCCCUACUGCUGAGAAGAGUUCUCUCACCCAUGCAAUGUUGCCCGUUGACGGAAAACAGCGUGUGGUGGUGCAUCGUCGACAAUUUACCUUUGACGGUCCAAAUGGUCAUCAUUUAUGCCUUGUUCUACCCGUUCUCGGCCCGUCAAUGUCCGAACUGUCGUACCACUGGAAUUGCCGACUCACACCGUGGAUGGCUCGAAAAACCGCCUAUCAAGCCGUCAGAGCAGUCGCCGACCUACACUCGCAAGGCUUGUGUCAUGGAGAUGUAACUACAGGCAACCUUCUCCUUGGCAUGGUAGACAUCGACCACUACGAGGAAGACGACAUCUACGCCUUGUUUGGUAAGCCAGUGACCGGAGUGCUGGAGACCGAGAAUGGUGAAAUGCCCGGUCCUGAGGCGCCACGAUAUAUUGUCAGGAAUAUCGAUUUCCUAUCUGCUCCCUCGGAUAUCCUCGAACUGGACAUUAAACUUAUGGACUUUGACCAGUGCUUCCCCAUCUCCUCGCCGCCCAGCAAAAUGUUGGGUACGCCAGUCGACUUUCUCGCACCCGAAGUUGCCAUGGGCUUGGAAGCUGGUCCUGCAAGUGACGUUUGGGCACUCGGAUGCUGCAUAUUUCGCCUUCGGGCCGGGGAUGGCCCUUUCUCAAGCCCGUUUGAAGUUACUUGUCCAUGUGAUCUCGUGGGCUUCGUUCUCGAUACUCUAGGGGGAGAUGUGCCGCACACGUGUAAGGAUACCUUAUGGGACUCUAGGGGUAUGCCUACGAAAGAUGCUUCCAAGGGAAAACCGCUUCGCGAGCCGCAUGCAGACGACAGACGGCCCCUGCGAGACCUUGUGUACAAGAUAUGGGAUGAGCCGAACGGUCGUGCUAUCCACACCGGUUCUCCUGAGGAGCAAAAAGUAUACCUUGAGGAUAGGCACCAACCUUUUCACUCUAGCUGGUCCAAGAUGGCGUGGAACCCAAGGGCCAUCAGAGUAGACGAUGUUGGUUAUCUGAGUGGCUAUAACGACAGGUGGGACACGCUGCUAGCAUUACUGCCGAAGAUACCUGACCGCGAAGCGGCUCUUCUCUACGACCUCUUGUUAACCAUUUUCGUCUAUGAUCCAGCAAGGCGGCCCACAGCUAAAGAGUUGCUUGAGCACCCCUACUUUCACCUCGACGGGCCCGAAGAAUGA